AUGACAAAGAUGCGUUACAUUUGUUACGAAUCAUCUAAGAAAGAUCUCACAUAUUCAGUGAUUUCCGGAAAUGAUUUAAUUAUGGAGGAAUUUGUUUUCGUUGCAUUUGGAGCUAUUAUUUCCGUAGUAUAUGGGGACAUCAUUUUACAGACAGAUAAGUUUUGUUCCAUCUGCAAUGAGGAAUACUGUAGAAAUCCUGCAUACUACCUAACUAAAUACAACUUUCAGAAUCCAAAUGAUAACUUAGGAUACGAAAAUGUUCGGUCACAGUCUUUAACUUUUUAUCAGGACUCUAGGAAUUGCAUUGUAUCCAUCAAAGGGAAACCAGAGCAUCAGAUAGAGGCUACACUGGAAGUUCUGGACAUAGAUGCUUAUCAUGGACCUGUUGGGGCAAAUGGAAUUCCAUCAUACUGCAAAGACUUCCUAAAACUUUUCAAUGGUCCUCGAGUGGACAAUGCGAGACUGAUCCCGGGAUUCCCUCCAGGGGGAUUAUGUGGGACUAUUCGAUCCUCAGCAGACUUUCCCAGUCUACGGUCCUUCAAAACCACACAGAAUGAGUUAACUGUGCAGUUUGUCACAGACAAUAAAAAGGACAGUAAAAUUGGAUUUAACCUCCGUAUCCGGCAGUAUCCAUACUCCAAUCCUGGCAAUCUGUAUCCAGAUGGCAGCAAUCCAGGAGGUUGGAAUGAUGGCUCUUUCAACGAGUUCCAGAACAACUGGGACGAGCAGAUAGUGAUUCCCGGCGGCGUGGGGCCGGGCAGUGGCAACGAUUACGACACGGAACAGAACGGUCUGACCUGUUACUCCUGUGAUUACUGCAACGUGGAGCCGUUCAAACCCGAGGACACGGGGGUGGGCACUAAAUCUGGGUGUCAUGUGUGUUCCAAGGAGUGGGAUGAUGAGUACCAAGUUGCCCAAAGAAAGUGUUAUUCACAGAUACAGUAUUACCAAGUCUUACAAACUCUUGGAACAGUUGCAGAGCCUGUUACGGACUACAUCGGUUGUAAGAAGCAUAUCACCCUCUACCAGAGGGCGGUCAAUUACUGCUUCUGUAAAAGCAACAAAUGUAAUGGUGGCAGCCCUGUGAUACACAGCCCCCUGGUCAUCACAUUCAGCCUCCUGCUGGUCAAAGUGCUAACAACUUACUACAGGCUAUGAAAACUCUUUGGACACUGUUGUCUGGGCUGUGCCAUUCCAUUAAAACAUAUCAUCAUUUUUUUCAUUCCUUUAUACAUAUCGUUUUCUAUAAGUACAUAUCAACAUGUGUGUUGUAGGUACCUACAGAUUGUAUGCUACUUGCUACAUUCCUAUUUUUGUGAGGUUGUAAAUUUGAGAUAAAUUUUGCAUAGACCUUUAUACAUAAAUACAUGUAUGUGAAUUUUUUAAAUUAUCUUUUAAUGUACAAUAUUUCAUAUUUUGAUUUUACAAGAUUGUUGUUUAUGAUGUUUUUCCAUGUGUAUUGUGUUAUUGAACCCAAUGUUUGAUGUAGAUUUUUAUAUUUCAUGGUUGUAGAUUUUAAAUGAGUAUUUAAAAAAAUAUUUUAUCAUCA